AUGUUUAUUGCGGAAACUAUUAAUGAAAACUCCCACGCAAAGGCGUUGAUUCAAGGGGAUCUCCGAGAGCGUAUCGUCUUGAAACUUAUGGAUUUAUGCAAAGGAAUGUUUCUUUUGGUUCAUUUUCACAUCAAUGAUCUUUGCCAGUACACGACUGCACGAGAAGUUGAUGACGCGCUAAAAAUGUUGCACACAAUCACCCCGGCAGAAAACCCUUUACAUGAGAUGUAUGACAGGGUAAUAGGAAACAUAAUCCAGAGGCAACAUCCAAGUCGAAUGAAGCUUGCGAAUAGGAUCUUAUCCUGGCUUGUAGCAGCAAAAGAAGUCUUACAAUCUGAAGAGCUACGUAUGGCAAUAGCCACGGGCCCCAAUGAUCAAGACCUACCGAGCGAGGGCGACAUGCCAGAUAAUACGAUGAUCCUCGAGGUUUGCGGCGGACUAGUGGUGAUAGACGAAAUCACAGCCAUUGUUAGACUUGCCCAUUACUCUGUUCAGGAAUAUCUUCUCCAGAGUUCCACUUCACAGCCGCAUCUUAUUAUCCUAGAUUUCCUCCACCUCAAAGCUUGCGAUGAAAGGUCAUCAACAGAGAUUUACCUAAAGCUUCUCAGGAAUAAGAAUGCAUUAGCGUAUUACCAAGCGCUUACUCAAGACCUAACUGACUCAAGACGUUGGAGUGGGAUGAUGGAUCGCUGGAAUAUUAAGUUUCAGAACGCCGAGUGGAUAAUUCGUCUUUGUUGUACAUACGCCUAUGAACGUAUGGUGCCUCCUUUACUUGAGGCUUCAUUCCUAGGACACCUAGGCUCUGUCAAGGCGCUUCUUGAGGACGAUAGAUAUUGUAAUCUCUCUGCAAUGGAUAAUGGCAUGACAGCACUGCAUCAUGCAGCGUUCAUGGGCCACGAUAAUAUCAUUGAUUUCUUGCUAGAGCAUGGACAGGACUUCAACUCUUCUGAUAAAUAUGGACGGACGCCGUUUGCCUUGGCACUAGUCAAGGGACAUGAAGAUACGGCUAGGCUUUUACUCAAGAAGGGCGCCACACCGGUGUCAACCGUGCCAGGUGCAGUAACGCCAUUACAUAUUGCAGCUUACCACGGAUUAGGAGAAAUCGCGUUAUUAUUGAUUCAUGCUGGGGCUGAUGUUAAUGCAGAAGGCAUAGGAGGGAUGACCCCUCUACACUUGGCUAUAAUCGGGACAAAAUUCCAGAGGGUAAUGUUGUUGAGAAAUUCACUAUUUGCCCUAAUACCCGAUAGCACCAAGCACGUGAAGGAUUCUGGGGAUCAUGUGGGAGCAACCCUUCAGAGCGGAUUGAGGCAGCUUGCACAAAUCAGGGUCGCUAGUCAUAAUCUUGUCUUAAAAUAUCGUUUUCCUGUGCGCCCGGGUUCUGCCUAUGCGUGGGAAGUUCUAAGAGCACAAGAGCGUCUUGUUGAUCGGUCGAGACUAGGAGGAACACGCAUUAAUUACAUAUUUACUAUAAGGGAUCUGUUACAACGAGAAUUUGAUUAUGAAAUAAAUACAUUAUCUAGUGAGUACGCAAGAAUCGAGGCCACCUUGGCCGAGCCACUUGCAGAAUCUUAUAAGAAUUCUGGAGAUGGUGUACGUGUGGGAACACCCUCUCAGAAAGACGAGGUAGCGAGUCUACUCCAAUACCCUACCAGCAGCCAUGAUCACGAAAUUAGAUCCCUUUCUUAUGAUCUCAAAAGCCUCGAGCGGGAGUGGAUUGAGAGAAUGACAGAACCAGACCCAGACCCAAUAAUUCCAGGACUCGACGAUGCUGGUGAGAAGCCUAUUUUUCACCCUAUUAUCCAGACCGCCAAGUACACCUAA